AUGGAAUUUUGGGGUGUUGAGGUGAAAAGUGGUGAACAUCUUCCCGUUACACCUGGUGAGGGUAUGAUUUUGCAUCUUUCGCAGGCUAAUCUCGGUGAGCUGAAAAAGGAGAAAGCAAACGAAUCUAUUUGCUUGUUUCUCAAAGUUGAUGGAAAGAUGCUAGUGCUUGGAACACUUUUUACUGAAAAGUUGCCUCAGCAACAAUUAGAUUUGGUGUUCGAUAGAGACUUUGAGCUAUCACACAACUGGAAAAAUGGAAGCGUCUUCUUUUAUGGAUACAAGGCCAGUAACCCCUUCGAAGAAGAUGAAUUUGAGGAUGGAGAAUCCGAUGAAUCCGACUCUGAGGAGGCUAUCCCGCUUACUGUUUCAAAUAAUGGAAAACCAGAGACCACUGUUAAGCAAGAGAAACCUGCAGGACCUCAGAAGUCAAAUGCUGUGAAAAAUAAAGGCUCUGAUGCUGCAAAACAAAAGGUGAAAAUUGUGGAGCCAAAUAAAGAUGAGGGUGAUGAUGAAAGUACUGAUGAAGACUUCAUGUCUGAGGACGACGGCGAAGAUGACUCAAAGGAUGAGGAUGAUAGCGACAACUCUGAUGAAGAUUCUGAUGGAAGUGAUGAAGAGACACCAAACAAGGCUGAACCUAGCAAGAAAAGAGCUGCAGAGUCAGCUGCCAAAACACCUGUUGCAGAUAAAAAGGCAAAGGCAACUCCACAGAAAACUAAUAGCAAGAAGGCUGGUGGUCAUGUGGCCACACCCCACCCCGCUAAACAGGGUGGGAAGGCUUCUGCCAACAAGCCAAACCAGCAGACUCCGAAAUCAGUUGGAUCACAUGCCUGCAAGAGCUGCAACAGGACGUUUAAUUCUGAAAACGCUCUAGAGUCACACAGUAAAGCUAAGCAUAGCAGUGGAAAGUAG